AUGCUGGUUAUCAAUUAUUUUCUCAACCAUUUUGUUUUCCCACGCGAAGCAAAACAAUUUCCUUAUAAAAUCGUUGCAUCGGCAUGGGAUCUCUCGUUUUCGGAACGAUCACAGACCAUCACGGGAUUCAGCGGCACAAACGACACACAAUUGCUCUUACCUGAGUUAGAAAAGACCGACGCAAUCGUUAUCAAUAAUCUCUUACAAAGUGAAAACAAAAAUUAUUAUUCUUUACCUAUCAAUGCCACUUCAAACGAGAUAUUGACACAAAUUUUUGAUUACAAAGAAAGCAUCAAUGUCAUUCUAGACGUUGGUGCAUUGUUUAUUGAUAAAAGCAAUCGCGAUAUUGCCGUUCAUUGGCUGAAUUUAUCGAAUAAACAUCGAAUUGACUAUGCAGUGUACUUCGAUCUCGACUCGAUCGUCGUCUGUGAUCGACAAUAUCAUCAUCAACGAUUCGAGACAUCUCCGGCAAGCGAACGAUUGCCUCACUGUGUCUUCUAUCUCGACGAGAUUCAUACUCGUGGAACAGACUUGAAAUUCCCUUCAGGCUUCCGUGCAGCAGUGACGCUAGGCAGCGGUUUAACAAAAGAUCGAUUUGUUCAAGCAUGCAUGAGAAUGAGACAACUUGGACACGGACAUUCGUUAACAUUUUGGAGUUCAAACGAAGUUCAUCAGCAGAUAAUAUCAUUAACUAAACAUUUGUGCUCCAGCGAACAGAAUUGUGUUAUUGAAAUUCUUCGGUGGGUGUACCAAAACACGAUUCAUUCGACAUGGGAUGGAUUGCACCAUUGGGCAGAACAAAGUCUGAGUUUUCAACGAAAAUUAAGUGCAUCUCGACAAAUGCAAUGGGCAAUGACCCAACAACGUCCAACACCAAAUAUACUCAUGAAAGAAUUUGCUGAACAGUGCCUAGAACCGGAAAUAACCAAGUUAAAAAAAAUUGCUGUUCUACAACGAUUGCGAGAGUAUGGAGGAUCGAAGAAGCGUCUAGCCCAAUUACUAGAUGAAGAGCAACAACGAGAACUACAGCAAGAAUUAGAAGAGGAAAGGCAAUUAGAACGGCCGUCAUCUGUAACACCAAUGAAACCUAUUCUUCACGAAGAAAUAAAACGAUUAGCUGACGUGUAUGGCGCUGACUUAAACUUGAAAUUAUUAACAAAUGUAUUUCAACCGAUAUCAUAUGCUUUUUCUGAUACAACUCUGCUCAAGAAUUGUCAAGCAGACACGUGGCCAAAGAAUUUCUGGGUUACGACUGAGUUCCAACGAGUUAUUUCCAAUAAAGGCAACAAAGAUGAUCCAGUUUUACGACCACCACGCUGGAUAAUUGUCUAUCGAAAUAAACAUAUUAUUUUCGUCAGUCCAUUCGAAACCAAUUGGUUAAUUAAUCACUUACGCUACAAUGAUUCGACUAGUACUACUUUACGCAUAUUGUUGCCUCGUACAAAACGAAUUCAAUCCAUACUUGUCAACAUUCCAACAUUAACAAUUCCACCAUUGAUUCAGACUUCCGACCUAUCUUCCUUUUCCAUGUAUUCUAUACCAACUCAAUGGUUAGCAUCCUUGUUUGUGUUCAACGGUACUCAUUAUUUUGGAUCCGACGAAGAGCAACAAGUCUAUUGUCAGUGCUUAGGUUUAUGUCUCAUACCUCGAACUAAAGCAGAAGAUGAGGCUUUCGAAAAAGGUUGGAUUGCCAUCGAUGGAUUUGUUAGUAAUCCAACACACCGUCCUCUUUUACAUCUCAAUGCUGCCCAAUUCACAUCGAAUCCGUUGGCAUUCGUCAAACAAUUACUCGAAACGCGAAAUAAUUCAUACAUACCGAUAAUAUCACAUGUUGGUAGUAUUAUUUUCAAUACGCGAAAACUUAGCUUUUAA